AUGGCUGAAAGCGUGCUUCCACAACAGGAAGUUAAAAAUCUGCAAAUUGACGAUUUUCCUUCAGCAGACUCCUCUGUUCCGCAAACACUCUCAACCCAGACAAGCUCGGUGGAUGCAGUUCCAGACAUUGGCGAAAAUUCAAAGGAAGUUGCCCCUUCCCCAAACGCACAAAGGACAACCAAAACCAUGCCCAAGAUCUUUUCUAAAGGAUUAGUCUUUCUUCGGAGCAUGUCUUUCGAGGAGCUACCGUCUCCUUUACAAAAUCGUUUCAAUGUUCUCACAAAGAACUUUCGUAAAAAAGGCCACCAGUUCUUCAGGGUGUCCAUAGUGCGUGCCUACAUACGCUGUAUGGACGACUUUGUUGACACUUCUGGUUCCAUUGUUCGUCGCCUGCAGAGGGUCGUGGAAACUGACAAUCUCUGCCUUUCAUCUUGUCCUUAUUUACAACACUACGUCAACUGCCCCCUGUCCAGUAAAUCCCCAACCUCCGAACCAGAGGAGCAUGAAGAAAUUCUCGUAAAACAAGAGCCAGCAUGUGAGAAAUCUUCGUCUGAAACCGUCUCCGUAGCCGAGCAAGAGAAACCGGACCUUGAGGGUCAGGAGCAGUUUACGACGAUCGCAUUCGUCCAAGAAAGCUCCUUGGAAAAACUCUUCUCUUUCGCCUUCACAUGGCUUGUUCUACAUCCUGUUAACGCUCUGGUCGCCCUCCUAAACUUCCAGCGAUCUCUGACCCAUGACAUUGACGAUUACUUCCAAAUGCAAAGCGGUUAUGUGACUGCCGUCGGUCGCCGAGUCUUAUCACCUCGUCGAGUCAUUCGUUCCAAGGUCCUAAACCGAGCAAAAACCCUGCUCAACGAGGUGCUUCACUUGACUGCCGGAAAUCGUGCCAUCCCCUUCAAGCUGUCUCUCGACCCAAACCUCCGCACACUUCGUGCCCAGCCGGUUCACGAAAAUCGCAAAGCGACCCUCAAACGAAAGAUCUCCCUUGACGAUAUCACCGAAUCUUUCAUGUCUGACGAUGACUUACCCGAUGACGACUAUGAGCCCAGCACAUCUUCACAAUCCUCCUCCGGCGGGAGUGACCAUUCCCAGACAGUAUCUGAAAACGAUCUCUCCGUUCACGAGGAGGACGGCUUUUUGUCGCUGAAAGGCGAAGCGAAAUCCCCUAAGAAAGAGGAGCCGAAUGACCAGGAAAACCAAGGUUCCGCGGUCCCUAAACCUGAAUCACUGGAAGCUGAAAGUCAAUGCUGA